GGCUGGCCGCGCGAGGACCGGGCGGAGGCGGCGGCGGCGGCAGUCACUGGGGGUGCUCCCGCGGCGGGGGCCGCAGCUGCGCGGGAUUAAAUCGGCCGCCCGGACUCCGGCGGCUGGGGCAGGCGCGGGCUGCGCGGCCGUGGCGGGGGGCGAAGGCGCUGGAGGAAAGUGCUGGUGGCGGCGCGAGAGGCGGUGGCGGCGGCUGCCUGGAGCCAACAUGACCAGGCUCUGAAAGUGUUCCAGCUGAAAUUUCAGAUCAGCCUGACUUGCUGCGGCUUCUGAGGCAGUGAUUCCAAGCUGCCAGUGUGUGCUGGUGCCAAGCUGCAGGAUGGUGCACAUAGCCAGGCCAUUGCUGCUGCUCCUUGCCUUCUUCCUCCACGCGGAUGCUGAGACACCUCCAAGAUUUACGCGAACUCCCGUUGACCAGACAGGGGUCUCUGGUGGAGUUGCCUCCUUCAUUUGCCAAGCUACAGGAGACCCAAGACCUAAAAUUGUCUGGAACAAAAAAGGAAAGAAAGUCAGCAAUCAGAGAUUUGAGGUAGUAAUAGAGUUUGACGAUGGAUCUGGAUCAGUUCUCAGAAUACAGCCCUUACGGACGCCACGUGAUGAGGCCAUUUAUGAAUGUGUGGCCUCGAAUAACGUGGGAGAAAUAAGUGUGUCCACCAGACUCACAGUUUUACGUGAGGAUCAAAUUCCCCGGGGCUUCCCUACUAUUGAUAUGGGCCCACAGCUGAAGGUGGUUGAGCGUACACGCACCGCCACCAUGCUUUGUGCAGCCAGUGGGAAUCCAGAUCCAGAAAUCACGUGGUUCAAAGAUUUCUUACCGGUCGACACAAGCAACAACAAUGGGCGUAUUAAGCAGUUACGAUCAGAAUCUAUUGGAGCCCUUCAGAUCGAACAGAGCGAAGAAUCUGACCAAGGAAAAUAUGAGUGUGUUGCCACCAACAGCGCGGGCACUCGCUAUUCUGCCCCUGCCAAUUUAUAUGUCAGAGAGCUGCGAGAAGUUCGCCGUGUCCCACCAAGAUUCUCUAUCCCACCCACUAAUCAUGAGAUCAUGCCAGGUGGAAGUGUUAAUAUCACCUGUGUGGCUGUGGGGUCACCAAUGCCUUAUGUGAAGUGGAUGUUGGGGGCAGAAGAUCUGACACCUGAAGAUGAUAUGCCAAUAGGAAGAAAUGUCCUAGAACUGAAUGAUGUAAGACAGUCAGCAAAUUACACCUGUGUUGCUAUGUCGACACUGGGUGUCAUUGAAGCAAUAGCACAGAUCACUGUCAAAGCCUUACCCAAACCUCCAGGAACUCCUGUCGUGACUGAGAGCACUGCUACAAGCAUCACACUGACGUGGGACUCGGGGAACCCUGAGCCGGUCUCUUACUACAUCAUUCAGCAUAAACCUAAAAAUUCUGAGGAACCUUUCAAAGAAAUUGAUGGGGUGGCAACGACACGCUACAGCGUCGCCGGACUGAGCCCCUACUCGGAUUACGAAUUCAGGGUCGUUGCUGUCAAUAACAUCGGGCGGGGGCCUCCCAGCGAGCCUGUGCUGACGCAGACCUCGGAGCAGGCACCGUCCAGCGCCCCGCGGGAUGUCCAGGCUCGGAUGUUGAGUUCAACCACCAUUUUGGUCCAGUGGAAGGAGCCUGAAGAGCCAAAUGGACAGAUCCAAGGAUACAGAGUUUAUUAUACAAUGGAUCCCACUCAGCAUGUCAACAACUGGAUGAAGCACAAUGUAGCUGACAGCCAGAUCACUACUAUAGGCAACUUGGUGCCCCAGAAAACGUAUUCCGUCAAAGUCCUGGCUUUCACCUCAAUUGGAGAUGGUCCUCUUUCAAGUGACAUUCAAGUCAUUACUCAGACAGGAGUCCCAGGGCAGCCACUAAAUUUCAAGGCAGAACCUGAAUCGGAAACAAGUAUUUUGCUCUCUUGGACGCCUCCACGUUCAGACACCAUCGCCAGCUAUGAACUGGUCUACAAAGAUGGGGAGCAUGGAGAGGAGCAACGGAUCACCAUUGAGCCAGGGACAUCCUACAGACUGCAAGGGCUGAGACCAAACAGCUUGUACUACUUCCGUCUGGCGGCACGCUCUCCCCAAGGCCUGGGUGCUUCCACAGCUGAAAUAUCAGCCAGAACCAUGCAGUCAAAGCCGUCAGCUCCUCCUCAAGACAUUAGUUGCACCAGUCCAAGUUCCACUAGUAUUUUGGUAAGUUGGCAACCUCCACCAGUGGACAAACAGAACGGCAUUAUUACUGAAUACUCCAUCAAGUAUACUGCAGUGGAUGGAGAAGAUGACAAACCUCACGAGAUUUUGGGAAUCCCUUCGGACACUACCAAAUACCUUUUGGAACAGCUGGAAAAAUGGACUGAAUACCGGAUCACUGUGACAGCCCACACCGAUGUCGGCCCUGGCCCUGAGAGCUUGUCCGUGUUGAUUCGAACCGAUGAAGAUGUUCCUAGUGGUCCUCCUCGCAAAGUCGAGGUAGAGGCUGUCAACUCAACAUCUGUUAAAGUCUCAUGGCGCUCACCUGUGCCCAAUAAACAGCAUGGCCAGAUAAGAGGAUACCAGGUGCAUUAUGUGAGGAUGGAAAAUGGUGAGCCCAAGGGCCAGCCCAUGCUGAAGGAUGUCAUGCUGGCUGAUGCACAGUGGGAAUUUGAUGAUACUACUGAACAUGACAUGAUUAUUUCUGGGCUACAGCCUGAAACUUCCUACUCCCUCACUGUCACAGCUUACACCACUAAAGGAGAUGGAGCUCGCAGCAAACCCAAGCUGGUGUCCACCACAGGGGCAGUUCCAGGGAGACCCCGGCUCGUGAUUAACCACACUCAGAUGAAUACAGCCCUCAUUCAGUGGCACCCCCCUGUGGACACAUUUGGACCCCUCCAGGGCUACCGUCUAAAAUUUGGCCGAAAGGAUGUGGAACCGCUUACUACUCUUGAGUUCUCCGAAAAGGAAGAUCACUUCACGGCGACAGACAUCCACAAAGGAGCGUCAUACAUCUUCAGGCUCUCGGCCAGAAACAAAGUGGGCUUUGGGGAGGAGAUGGUGAAGGAGAUUUCUGUUCCAGAAGAAGUUCCAACUGGAUUCCCUCAAAACCUCCAGUCGGAAGGCACCACAUCAACCUCCACCCAGUUAUCUUGGCAGCCACCUGUCCUGGCCGAGAGAAAUGGCAUUAUCACCAAGUACACCCUUCUGUAUAGGGAUAUCAACAUCCCUCUUCUUCCAGUGGAGCAGCUUAUUGUUCCAGCUGACACCACUCUGACACUCAGUGGCUUAAAACCAGAUACCACAUAUGAUGUAAAAGUACGUGCUCACACGAGCAAAGGGCCCGGGCCAUAUAGUCCCAGUGUCCAGUUCAGGACACUGCCUGUGAAUCAAGCAGUGUUUGCAAAAAAUUUUCAUGUCAAAGCAGUAAUGAAGACUUCGGUGCUGCUGUCUUGGGAGAUUCCAGAGAAUUAUAAUUCUGCCAUGCCUUUCAAAAUUCUUUAUGAUGAUGGGAAAAUGGUAGAAGAAGUGGAUGGCCGCGCUACCCAGAAGCUAAUUGUCAACCUGAAGCCUGAGAAGUCCUAUUCCUUUGUGCUGACGAAUCGCGGCAACAGCGCCGGGGGGCUGCAGCACAGGGUAACUGCUAAGACCGCGCCCGACGUCCUGCGCACCAAGCCUGCCUUCAUUGGGAAGACUAACCUGGAUGGCAUGAUUACCGUGCAACUGCCCGAAGUACCUGCAAAUGAGAACAUAAAAGGUUACUACAUAAUAAUUGUGCCUUUGAAGAAAUCUCGUGGGAAAUUUAUCAAGCCAUGGGAGAGUCCAGAUGAAAUGGAAUUAGAUGAGUUGCUUAAAGAGAUAUCUAGGAAACGCAGAAGCCUCCGUCAUGGAAGAGAAGUUGAAUUAAAGCCAUAUAUUGCCGCUCAUUUUGAUGUCCUUCCCACCGAGUUCACCCUGGGGGAUGACAAACAUUAUGGUGGAUUUACAAACAAGCAACUCCAAAGUGGUCAAGAGUAUGUCUUCUUCGUGUUAGCAGUGAUGGAACAUGCAGAGUCUAAGAUGUAUGCAACCAGCCCUUACUCUGAUCCUGUUGUGUCAAUGGAUUUGGAUCCACAGCCAAUCACAGAUGAAGAAGAAGGCUUGAUUUGGGUUGUAGGUCCUGUGCUCGCGGUGGUCUUUAUCAUCUGCAUUGUCAUAGCUAUUCUUCUUUAUAAAAGGAAGAGGGCAGAAUCUGACUCUAGAAAGAGCAGCAUACCAAACAGUAAGGAGGUCCCUUCACACCAUCCAACAGACCCAGUAGAACUGAGGCGCCUUAAUUUCCAAACACCAGGUUCAGAUGAUUCCGGUUACCCUGGUAACCUUCAUUCUUCAAGUAUGGCUAGCCAUCCUCCAAUACCUAUCUUGGAACUUGCAGAUCACAUUGAAAGGUUGAAAGCAAAUGACAACUUGAAGUUUUCCCAGGAAUAUGAGUCGAUUGACCCUGGCCAGCAGUUCACAUGGGAACAUUCAAACUUGGAAGUAAACAAACCAAAGAAUAGAUAUGCAAAUGUAAUUGCUUAUGAUCAUUCCCGAGUUCUCCUAUCAGCAAUAGAAGGUAUCCCAGGAAGUGACUAUGUGAAUGCCAAUUACAUAGAUGGCUACAGGAAACAAAAUGCCUAUAUCGCAACACAGGGAUCUCUACCGGAAACAUUCGGGGACUUCUGGAGAAUGAUAUGGGAGCAACGGAGUGCCACGGUUGUUAUGAUGACAAAACUAGAAGAACGAUCCAGGGUGAAGUGUGACCAGUAUUGGCCCAGCAGAGGUACAGAAACCCAUGGGCUGGUCCAAGUGACGCUGCUAGAUACAGUGGAGCUGGCCACAUAUUGUGUUCGAACAUUUGCACUUUACAAGAAUGGUUCAAGUGAGAAGAGAGAAGUUAGACAAUUCCAGUUCACUGCCUGGCCUGAUCAUGGUGUUCCAGAACACCCAACACCUUUUCUGGCUUUCUUACGGAGAGUCAAAACCUGUAACCCUCCUGAUGCAGGUCCGAUGGUUGUACACUGCAGCGCGGGAGUUGGCCGGACUGGGUGUUUCAUUGUAAUAGAUGCCAUGUUAGAAAGAAUAAAGCAUGAAAAAACUGUAGAUAUUUAUGGCCAUGUAACUUUAAUGAGAGCCCAGAGGAAUUACAUGGUUCAAACAGAAGACCAAUACAUCUUUAUCCAUGAUGCACUGUUGGAGGCAGUGACUUGUGGAAAUACCGAAGUGCCAGCUAGAAACUUGUAUGCCUACAUUCAGAAGCUGACACAAAUAGAAACAGGAGAGAAUGUCACAGGAAUGGAGCUCGAAUUUAAGCGUCUAGCCAGUUCUAAAGCUCACACCUCAAGAUUCAUCAGUGCCAAUCUUCCAUGUAAUAAAUUCAAAAAUCGCCUUGUUAAUAUUAUGCCAUAUGAAUCCACAAGGGUGUGCCUGCAGCCUAUCCGAGGUGUAGAAGGAUCUGAUUACAUCAAUGCCAGUUUUAUUGAUGGAUACAGACAACAGAAAGCUUACAUCGCUACCCAGGGGCCCUUGGCAGAGACCACUGAAGACUUCUGGCGGAUGCUCUGGGAACACAAUUCCACCAUUGUUGUGAUGCUUACCAAGCUGCGUGAGAUGGGUAGAGAGAAAUGUCACCAGUACUGGCCAGCAGAACGAUCUGCAAGAUACCAGUACUUUGUUGUUGAUCCCAUGGCUGAGUACAACAUGCCACAAUAUAUCCUAAGAGAAUUCAAGGUCACAGAUGCCAGGGACGGGCAGUCCCGAACCGUGAGGCAGUUCCAGUUCACUGACUGGCCAGAGCAGGGAGUGCCAAAGUCUGGAGAGGGAUUUAUUGACUUCAUUGGCCAAGUCCAUAAAACAAAAGAGCAGUUUGGCCAAGAUGGACCCAUUUCAGUCCAUUGCAGUGCGGGCGUUGGAAGAACUGGAGUCUUCAUAACACUAAGCAUUGUUUUGGAAAGAAUGAGAUAUGAAGGAGUAGUAGAUAUCUUCCAGACUGUCAAAAUGUUAAGAACACAACGACCAGCCAUGGUGCAGACAGAGGAUCAGUAUCAGUUCUGCUAUCGAGCCGCACUAGAGUACCUGGGCAGCUUCGAUCACUAUGCAACGUAGAAACCCCUGACCCACUUUGGAUCUUUACCGCAGGCCCUUCAAUAUCCAUGGAGUCUCUUCUGAGCCAUACAGGGCACUUGAGAAGUCCUUCUUAACUUCUAGCUAACAACCACUUAGUGGGACUAUCACACACAAAACAAAUUUAAAAAAAAAAAAAAACAUACAAAACAACAAACUCUUCUGGGUGGACCAAGAAUUCACUGUUUAAUAAUCUAACCUGAAAAAUAAUAAAGAGAAUCCUGACUGAGGAGGCAUCUGAAGGAUUUUAUUUACAGAUACCUCAAGGAUUCAAAAUAAAGGGAAGAAGAAAUCACAGCAAAGAACCACCAUCUUGUUCAGGAUUGUGUGACGGGUGUGAGGAGAAAUGGCCUGAGUGCAGCAGCUCAGGGCAAGAUCUUUGCUGGCUUCUCAUGACAAAAUGGACCUGUUUCGACAUCGCCCCUUCCCACCAUACUACUCAUAAUAACAUUGUAGGGGGUAAGGGGGUGGGGAAUGUUUAAAAAGAAAGUCUUUGAUUUAGUUUUUUAGUAUUGUAAAGAUACUGCUGACCUGUGCUUCAUUUUUAACUGUGUAAACUUUUUUUUAACAAAAUGUAUCAUUCGAUAAAGUGAAAUUUUAAAAAAGUUACAUAACUGUUCAUUUUUUAUUUCCAAAUUGUAGGUUUUUUUAAGCUGUAGAACUGUUAUCUGUAAUAUCUUGCUGUAGAAAUACCGAAUAAUUUGAAAAUUUGCACAUUUUUGUGCAAUAUUCUUAAUCUACAGUAUUGGUCUCGUCUGAUAUUAUUUUUACACUUCUGUUUGGUUUUUGUUGCUGAGAAAGUACCCAUUCUCUUCAAAUAAUCAAAGAGAACUUUGUUUUGUUUUGUUUUGUUUGGAAUCAACAGGGAGGCGCAAAGUAUAAAGUUGCUGCUAACAUAUAUACAUAUAUAUCCAUAUUUUAUAGGGGUGUCUAUGUAUAUAUACAGUGUGUCCACACAAAAAGAUAGAUAUAGCUAUUAUUCAGUUCUUCCAUGAUUUAGUUUUUAAUUUUUUAAGGUAGAAAAGCUAUUGUAACAUCUUUUUCAAUUUGUUAUUAAUUUUAUGACAUACUGAUAUUUCUUAAUAUCACACAAUUUUAAUUUUUAAGGGAAAUGAGGAAUGCACAUCAGUGAUUGUCAAACCUCACCCCCUUAAUUUCCUACCCAAUUUCCCCCAACCCCUCACUCACCCACCUAAUCAUAAUGACAAAUACUAUUUUGUUAGCCAGGCUUCCAACAAAGUUCAAUAUUUCUAACACUCUAGUGCAAUAAAACAUUAUUAGAUAUCUAAGAGGUGUGCAUGUGGGAAAGGUCAGUGCAUAUCCCUUUAGGAGGGGAGAAUGUUGUAAUAUAUCAGCUAUCAAGAUGUUUAAAAAACAGUGUAUUCAAUCGUAUAUUGUCUAUAGUAUGUGCUAUGAAAUUUGCAUUUAUGAUAUGUAACAGGGGCAAAGCCAAACUCAUGUUACUCUGUUCAGUCAGAAACUUUUUUUUUUUUUUUUUUUGUGGCAUACAGCAUUCCUGGGAAGUGCUGUACUUUGUUUUCUUUUGGUUUUAGUUUUGCAUUUAGAGUGCCUUAUAAUUGAUGCCUAUUUUAAUAGCAUUUCUUUUUAGCUUUUGGUUCAUAUUUUCAUUCCUUGUUCAUAUGUGUUUCUCUUCCAAUUAAAGUAUUAUCUGUUUACCACA